GUGGACACAGACCUAGUAUUUGACAGUCUAGAACUAACAAAUUCAAACCAUCCUAGGAUAUUGCCACCAGAAGAAGAUGAAUACUGGCUCUCAAGUACUGUAAAUAGAAUAAAAAGGAGCAUCAGUAAUAUAUUCACGAAAGAAAAUAAACAUCCAGAGAAAGUAAACCAUCCGCUCCACAAGAAAACCUCUGCUCAUCAGGUUAAGAAAAUACAUCCGAAAAAAUUGGGGAGCAAGAACCACAGAAGGAAACAUAGGCAAACACAAGAUGAAUACGACGAUGAGGGACAAGAUGAAGGACAGGACGAAUAUGAUGUAGAACUGGGACCAGAGUAUGCUAAUCCAGACGUCAGCUACGAGAACUUGGAUAUCGGUGAAAACAACUCAGUAAAUGGAGGAGCAGGAGAUGAUGAAGACUUGUAUCCUGAAUCCGGGGACCACGAGUCGAGCGGGGAAAUAGAUGAAGGCAUAGAAACAACAACGAGAGACGAUUAUGGUCAUCCCCGUAUAUAUCGAUUCGUUUUCACCGUCAUGGAGCCAUACCAGACAGACUAUGAAGAUAGAAACUCUCCACAGUUCCAGACACUUUCCAAUCGCGUCAAACGUUCUAUUGAAUCAAUCUUCGAACAGUUCCCUGGAGAACAGUUGGUGUCCGUAGUAAAAAUUGAGAAACACCCAGACGACAUAUUCAAGGUCAGAUUGACGGUGGACAUAGAUUCUGAAGGUUAUUCGGAUAAGGAAGCUAUCAAGCGAUCCUUGUAUGAACCAAUCCAGAACAAUCACAGAAUUGGAGAUGUACUUACUGCCGAUCCAGAUGACUUGCGAUUCACAGAAUUUGGAGCCACUGGUAGCAUUUGCGAAACGAACGAAUUACGAUGUAAUAGUGGACAAUGUAUCAGUGAAGAAUUCAGAUGUGAUGGAUUCAACGACUGUCCCGAUAAUUCCGAUGAAGAAGGUUGCCCUACCGGACCCAUUGUUGAACCGGAUGCGCCAGCUCCUGAACCGAUCCCGACUACUGAAGCAGCUACAACGACAACCACCACAACCACAGAAGCUCCGAGAGAAACCACUCCAACAACAACUCCACCAACAACAUUACCAACUUCUCCCCCAACUACCACUACCACCACCAUUACUACUACCCCUACCACUGAACGGAUCACAACUGAAGAAACAAUCCCUGAAGGUAGCGGUGCAGUAGAUUGUAGAGCAGACGAUGCGGUUCAAUGUGAAGACGGAUCCAGAGUCAUCUGCUCUGACCAAAUUUGCGACGGCUCUUUCGAUUGCGAUGAUGGUGGAGAUGAACGCGGCUGCCAAGGGGAAUGUCGUGUGGGAGAAUUCAAAUGUGACAUCAGCAGAUGCAUUCCUCUCAGCCAGCGUUGCGAUGGAGUACCAAAUUGUUCAGAUAAUACCGACGAACAUAACUGUGUGACGGAAUGUACUGACCAGCAGUUCAGAUGCGAUGGAGAUAGAUGUCUGCCGAACGAAUUAAAAUGCAAUGGAGUCAGGGAUUGCCAGGAUAAUGAGGACGAAAGAGAUUGUCAAGUUCCAUUGAGAUGUCUACCUACCGAAUUCUCCUGUGGAGAUAUGUGCAUCCCGACUUACGCUGUCUGCAACGGUAUUAGAGAAUGCAGAAAUGGUAUCGACGAAGCAAAUUGUACAGAACGGUGUAGAGCAGACCAGUUCAAGUGUGGAAACGGAAAAUGCAUCCCAUUAACCUCGAAAUGUGACCUAAAUUACGAUUGCGAAGAUCUUAGUGACGAACGGGGUUGUCCAUGCCACCCCAGCGACUUCCAUUGCAAAAAUGGAUUCUGUAUCCCCCAAUCCCAAAGAUGCGACGGUACACACAACUGUCAAGAUAAAUCUGACGAAGAUGGAUGCAUCGCAACGAAAACUUGUCAAAGUCACCAAUGGAAAUGCAUGGACGGUACCUGCAUUGAUCAGAUAUUUCGAUGCAACUUGAAGCCUGAUUGUCCUGACAGAUCCGACGAAAUGGAAUGCCAACAAUGUUUGCCAGAUCAGUUCAGAUGUAGCGAUGGCACUUGUUUGAGCUUGUCGUUACGCUGCAAUGGUGUCUCAGACUGUAUACACUCUGAAGAUGAGGAAGGAUGUGCUUUGUGCCAGAGUUAUGAAUUCACUUGCGCUAAUGGCCAAUGCGUGGAUGAAAGGUUCCGUUGCAAUAAUAUUGCGGACUGCACUGAUCAUUCUGAUGAGAAGAAUUGCGAUAACGAAAAAGAAGAGAUAAAAUGUAUCGAAAAUACAUGGAAGUGCAUGACUGACUCGUUGUGCAUAAAAAUGAGAAAAGUUUGUGACGGAAUUGUUGACUGUCCAGACCAAAGUGACGAAAAUGAUGACACUUGUAGCAAAUCGAUAAAACCGGCGUAUAGACCCGAUCCUGAUAUUUUUACGGAAGGUCCACGUAGAUGCGCAGAAGGUGAAUUCCAAUGCAGAGAGGGCGAUUGCAUUGAGGGAUAUAAACAAUGUAACGGUUAUAGCGAUUGCCAAACAGGAUCCGACGAAGAAAAUUGUCCCGUCACAACCACCGAAUAUCCUGCAUGCAGACCAGACGAUUUGAUAUGCGAUGACGGUAGCUGUACACCAGGAAAGAGAUGCGACAAGAUAUACGAUUGCAUUGACGCGUCUGAUGAAAAAGGCUGCAGCGGUUUUUGCGAUCUGACGCAGUUUCAAUGCGCGAACGGCUCUUGCAUCGACGAAAGGUUGCGUUGCGACGGCCUCAAAGAUUGUCUCGAUGGUUCCGAUGAGGAAGAUUGUGUUACCAAAUGUCCUGAUCAACAAUUUCGAUGCGGCGAUGGAAUAUGUUUGGACAGCAGAAGACGUUGUGAUGGUUUCGACGACUGUCUUGAUAGAACUGACGAAAUUGGAUGUCCUGGAACAAACAUAACAUGCGGGGGAGGCCAAUUCGAUUGUGGAAAUAAUCAAUGCAUAUUACCAUCAUAUCGGUGUGAUGGUAUUGAAGAUUGUGAAAAUGGAAAGGACGAAAUUGGAUGUGGUUCUUGUUCAGAGGAUGAAUUCGAGUGUGAAUCCGGCUUCGCAUGCAUUCCAAAAUCCCAGCAGUGCGACGGAAACUCCGAUUGCGAUGACAAUUCCGAUGAGAACAAUUGUAGCAAACCCAGCAGAUGCUCCUCGAAUGAAUGGACGUGCAAUGACGGAACUUGCAUUGAAUCUUUCCGCCAGUGUGACAGAAACAGAGAUUGUCCAGAUGGAUCCGAUGAGUUACAAUGUCCUUGCACAAGCAAUGAAUUCCAAUGUUUAGAUGAUAACAGAUGUAUAGACGAAAAUUUGCGUUGUGACAGAAGGAAUGAUUGUAACGAUGGUUCCGAUGAAUAUAAUUGUCCAACUGAACCUCCAACUAUUCCACCAGAACCUCCAAGACCAAGACUCAGUUGUCCUCAGGGCUACCAACCAUGCCGCUCGCUGAUGCAGUGUAUUCGUUAUGAUCAAUUGUGUGAUGGAAGUGUAGACUGCAACGAUUUAUCGGAUGAAACAAAUUGUCCUGGCAGUAGUAAUGAUCUCAACUUGAAGACGUAUCCAAGCGAAACAGAACAAAGAGAAAUCACGUAUAAGAUCGGCCAAGAAGUAGUACUGACCUGCAGAGACGAAGGAAUGACUAGGGCCAAAGUACACUGGGAAAGAGAAAAUGGUCUGCCUUUACCACCAGGUUCAACUGAUGAGAGAGGAAGGCUGACAAUACCAAACAUUCAGUUAGACCAAGCAGGAACAUACAUUUGUUUGGCAACUGGAUAUCCUCCAAAUACGCCGGGCGCGAGAGUACCUGCUAGAUUGACAGUGACCAGAAGAAUACCUCAACCAACUCGACCACCAACAGUAUGUAGAGCAAACGAAGCAACCUGCUCCAACGGACAAUGCAUCCCAAGAAGUAAACUUCGUGAUGGUCGAUUUGACUGUUCUGAUGGUUCCGAUGAAGAUGGAUACAGACCCAACGGAUGCGAACCCAAUGAAUUUCAAUGUGCCAACAAAAAAUGCGUUCUCAAGACCUGGAUAUGCGAUUCAGAUGACGACUGUGGUGAUGGAUCUGACGAACAAGAAUGUGCGACCAACCCACCAGGAUCAGCCUGCCAAUACCAUCAAUUCGCUUGUCAUUCCAACAACCAAUGCAUUCCAAAAAGCUACCACUGUGAUAUGCAGAACGACUGUGCAGACGGCAGUGACGAAGUUGGUUGCGCCAAGCCUGUCAUCGCUCAAAAUCCGCCACCAAUGGUGACCCUCAAAGUAGGAGAAAAAUUCGAAAUAACUUGUAGAGCUGUAGGUAUCCCAACACCAGAAAUUGUGUGGCGUCUUAACUGGGGUCACGUUCCUCCCAAAUGCAGAAUGAUCAGUAACAAUGGAUUUGGAACACUUAUUUGCGAAAACAUACAAAUCGAGGACCAAGGAGCUUACUCUUGCGAAGCGAUAAACAUCAAAGGAGCCACUUUUGCUGUCCCUGAUACCAUUCUCAAUGUGAAACGUGAUGAGGUUUGCAAAGCAGGAUAUUUCAAUGUUCAAGCCAGAACCGAAGGAGAAUGUAUCAAGUGUUUCUGUUUCGGACAUACCAGUAGGUGCAAAUCGGCCGACCUAUUUAUAUUCCAGUUCCAACCACCUUUCGACUCUCUUAAACUUCUUGGUGUUCGAAUUGAUCCAAUUUCUGGAGAUGUGUCCAUUAGAGAUGAACCCGUCUACAGAGGAGCUCAACCUACGUUAUCUCUAGUAGGUGCUCAAGGAGUUCAUGCCACUGCACCAGGAGGUAGUGAAUUGGCUCAACAAAAUGUUGUUCCUUAUUUCGCCAUGCCUGAAAGUUAUCACGGAAAUCAACUCAAAAGUUAUGGCGGCUACAUCAACUUUGGGCUCAGGCAUUCCAAUAGAGGUUAUCCUGUACCCGGUCCCGAUAUCAUCAUUUCUGGUAACGGAUAUAUCCUGACCCAUUACUUGAACCGACUUCCUACACCAAACACCAUUGAGAAUACUACAGUAAGGCUUUUCGAAGGCGAAUGGACUAGAGGUUCGCAAAUCAUUGCCACCAGAGAAGAAAUAAUGAUGGUGCUGGAGGAUAUUGAUAAUAUUCUAAUCAAAGUACAGUAUAAUGAAGGAACAUUGAAUACAACAUUGUUCAAUAUUGAAAUGGAUUCUGCGGGAUUAGAUAAUGCAGGAUUGGGACCAGCCAGUUACGUAGAAGAUUGUUCCUGUCCCGCUGGAUAUACUGGUAGUUCUUGUGAGAGAUGCGCAAAUGGUUACGAGAGACAAAAUACUGGUCCAUGGCUUGGCCUGUGUACGGCACAGCCUAAGAAUUGUCCACCAGGAAUGUAUAAUGAUGGAAGAGAUUGCCAGAUAUGUCCUUGUCCUCUCACUGAUUCCAGAAACCAGUUCGGAAGGACUUGUCAAAUGGGACCCGAUGGCAAUGUAUUAUGUAAUUGUCCUCCUGGCUAUGUUGGAAAUCGUUGUCAGCAGUGCGCCCCCGGAUAUGUUGGUAAUCCUCUAGUUCCAGGAGAUCAUUGCCGACUAGCUCCAACUGAACCCCCACCAUCAUACUGUGAUCCUAACGGGUCACUGGACAGCCGUCCAGAUCCUUAUGGCAGAUGCAGUUGUAAGAAUUUGGUCGAUGGUCCUACAUGUAACCAAUGUAAGAGUGAAACAUUCUACUUGAACCGAAGAAACCAGUUCGGAUGCAUACCUUGCUUCUGUAUGGGGGUAUCCAGGCAGUGUUCAAGCUCUAAUUGGUACAGAGAAAAGGUAACCAGCAUCUUCGUAUCGUCUAGCCAAGAAUUCAAACUGGUCGACAACUUCAACAGAGAAAAUCCUAUUGCUGAGGGGAUAGAGCUUCGUGCAGAGAAUCGAGAAAUUUCUUACUAUAGCUUCAGUUCACCAAACGCUUACUACUGGUCCCUUCCUUCUCGUUAUCUGGGAAACAAAAUAACUUCAUACGGCGGUUAUCUCACCUACACAUUGAGACACACUCCUAGACCAGGUGGUCAAAGUUCCAGAAACAAUGCAGCAGAUGUAGAACUCGUCAGCAAAAACAACAUCAACCUCCUGUUCUAUAACAGAAAUCAAACACAGAGUACGGGUGCUCCACAAACCUUUGUCGUCCCACUUUUAGAACAAUAUUGGCAGCGCAGUGAUGGUCAGGUGUCUGAUAGAGAGCAUCUUCUGAUGACAUUGGCAGACUUGGAAGCGAUUUACAUCAAGGCAACAUAUUUCACCAAUACCCAAGAAUCUUCAUUGAUUUCCGUUUCACUGGACAUUGCCACUGAUCGAAAUAUAGGUUCACUUGAUAGAGCGUUGGAAGUUGAACAAUGUUACUGCCCUGUUGGCUAUACAGGUCUUUCUUGCGAAGAUUGUGAUGUAGGAUAUACAAGAACACCAAAUGGUCUAUAUCUUGGAAGUUGUGAACAAUGUAGCUGUAAUGGAUAUUCUAAUGAAUGCGAUUCUACAAGCGGAUUAUGUAUGAACUGUAGAAAUGGUACAACUGGUGACUACUGCGAUGAAUGUCUUCCCGGAUAUACUGGAGAUCCAGCCAAUGGUAUCCCAUGCACAUAUGAAGGUCCAUAUCCAACAUGUAACUGCGACUCUCGAGGUUCAAUUUCAAAUGAAUGCCGAAAUGGACGAUGUAUUUGUAAGGCCAAUGUGGAAGGCGAUAACUGUGAUCGUUGCAGACAAGGUUCUUUUGGCCUCAAUAUUAGCUCAAUCGAUGGUUGCGAAUCCUGCUUCUGUUCUGGUGUUGCGAGAGAAUGUAGUGAAAGUAGUCUCUACAUUGAACAAAUUCCGAUUCAAAUAACUGAAAACCAGAACGAAUUCAUCUUGACUGACCAGUACUUCCGUGAAAAGAUAUCCGACAAUUUCAAAGUGAACGCUUUCAUGAACGAAAUAAGCUACAACUUCUUACCCAGCCAGCGUAGGACGUUCUACUGGUCUCUUCCUAGUGUCUUCACCGGUAAUAAAAUAAAAUCUUAUGGAGGAAAACUCGAGUAUUCUCAAAGAUACACUCAGAGACCCGGAGCAACAUACGUACCUGACAAAGAUGUAAUCAUUAGCGGCAAUGAUAUUACUAUUUACUGGAGUAACUCUGUGGAACAGAGGGCUGACCAAAUCAAUCUUGUGUCGAUAACUCUGCAUCCGAACGCUCAGUGGUUCCGCUUGGAUUCCAACCAGGGUCCCAAGCCAGCUUCUCGUGAAGACAUUCUUACCGUUCUGGCCAAUGUUGGUACCAUUCUGAUCAGAGCAACACAGUCCAGCGACACCGGUACCGCGUACCUAAGCGAUAUAACCCUUGACACGGCAGUCGACCAGUACACAGGAAAACCAAGAGCAAGCAGCGUGGAAGUAUGUAGAUGCCCGCCAGGGUACAGAGGAUCGUCUUGCGAAGCUUGCGCUUCAGGAUACUACAAAGAUCUCUACAUCGACCAGAGCAGACCACUUGGAUCCUGUUCGAGGUGUCCGUGCAACAACAGAGAGGAGAGUUGCGAAACUGGACCGGAUCAGAGAGUGAUUUGCCACUGCAAGCCAGAUUAUUAUGGAAAUCAGUGCGAAUAUGGACAACCGAGCAAUAUAGUCCAUAUAGUUGGUCUCGAAAUGGAAAUGACUCCUGCAAAAGUUGUGGCUCCCAUUGGAACUCAAGUACAGAUCACUUGUAAGUUUCGUAGCGAAUCUGCGAAGGACCUCUACUUAAGCAUUGAAAGUUUAAAUAGUCACGAUUUCAAAGAAACGAGAUAUAAUGGAGGAGCGACAACCACCUUUUACCAUGUUGUGAGUUGUAACCAGCAAACAAUACGAUGCGUUGUUCGCAAUAAAGAAAGGAUUGAAGUGGGACGUAUUAACGUUUUAGUUUCACCAGCUGAUAUUUCAACAACCACUACUGAAGGUCCAAUCACUACCACCAAUUCUCCUGUAUCGACCAUAGAAGUUAGUAUCAAGGUGCCCACUAUAGGAAUUUACGAAGUUGGUAGCACCGUCAGAUACAACUGUUCAGCUAGAUCCCGUGUAUCUCCUUACAGAACUAAAUUGCGGACACCACGUGACAAUUUGGUGCACUCUGAUUACCUGGGUGAUCUGUCUGCCUUGUGUGGUAGGCUGAGAGAACGUCAAGAUCAAGCACCUACAAUUGCUCUCUCCCAAUCUCGAAUUGAUGUGAAUGAAAGCCAACCUGUCAGUUUACAAAUUGCUGCUACCGGAGUUCCAGUUCCAGACAUCAGUAUAGUUCGACCAGACGGACAGCGAAUAAAUCCAAGAUAUUUCCAAAAUGGAAAUUUCUACAUUCCUCGCUCUCAACCCUCGGACGGAGGAGAGUACCUUGUCAUCGCCACCAACAGAGCAGGAAGUAACCGUGUCCGAUUUGAAAUCGUAGUUCACGAAGCAUCCGUUAUACCUCUAGUUCAAGUCAACAUUUCACCUGGAUACUUCACCGGCAACUCUGGAGACACGGUCAUUCUGAAGUGUUCAGCAAUACCUUUCGGCGAGACGGUCAGAUGGAGCAAGCAAAGAGGAGACCUGCCCUAUAAUUCGAGAGAAGACAGAGGUACCCUGAUGAUAUUCAAUGCCACCCCAGACGUUUCGGGAGUUUACAUUUGCACCGUUACGUCAGCUACAGGAAGUGUCGGAACGAAUAGUGCCACAGUUACCAUCAGAGAAAAUGUUGAAAGGCAAUAUCCAACGGCUAGAGUUUCCCCCGACAGACUCACCCUAUCACAAGGUCAGUCGACGGAAAUACGGUGCGUCACCACUGGUAUUCCAACACCUUCAGUAAAAUGGACCAAACUUGGAGGGGAACUGGGUUUCAAUGCUGAACAAAUCGGUUCGGAGUUACGUAUCAGUAAUGCAAGAGUUGAAGACAGAGGAGUUUAUGUUUGUGUUUCAACGAAUAUCCAUGGAAUGGAACAGGCCUCAGUGGUUGUAGAAGUUACACGGCGAGAAGCACCGGUAUUAGAGAUUUAUCCCUCUGCAAGUCAGACAAUUAUAGCAGGAAAUAGUGCAAUCAUUCAGUGCAGGGCUACCGCCGGAAUCCCUUCCCCUACUAUUUCUUGGAGGAGGGCAGAUGGUCAACCAAUCAGUCAAAACAUUGAGCAGAUGUCUGGCGGCACUCUGAGGUUCAUGCAGAUAUCAAUUAGGGAAGAUGGGGACUACAUAUGCACAGGCGUCAAUGAUGCGGGAUCUGCCUCAGCUACUGCUCACAUAACGGUUCAUACACCUCCAGAAAUAGAAGUAUCACCGCCGCAAGAAAUCAUUACCAGACAAGUUGGCGAUUCUCUACGUCUUGAAUGCCGAGCUACAGGUUUUCCUAUGCCUAGCGUUGCUUGGACCAAAUACAGAGAUAGGCUACCUCAAGAAUAUCUACCGGAGGCAUUGCAAUCAACAAAUGUAGCUUACCAACAAUUUGAUCGUCUCACUAAAGAAAAUGAAGGUCUCUAUAUUUGCACGGCUGAAAGUAGAGCAGGUGUUGUAGAAAGAAGAGUACAGCUGGUGGUAGACAUUUUACCUAUUAGAGGAGAUAUCACUGAUACUCCUCCCUCAGGUGAAGAUGCGACAUCUACUGGUGACAGAUCAGGUUUCAGAGACAACGAAACCCGCAGACCUGUGACGACAACAAACCUUCCCGAUAUUCCCUCACAUGAUCAAGAGUUUACGGCAGCUGUUGGAGGACGAGCCGAGCUGAGAUGUAGCAUCCAAGAUAGCCACGGAUCCAAUAUCCAAGUGAGAUGGUCCAGAACUGAUGGUCUUCCUCUUCCACCGUUGGCGUACGAAACUAGCGGAAUUCUCUACAUUGACAACGUCCAACCUGCAGCCCAAGGGGAAUAUCGCUGCACAGGAUAUGAAGCUUCUGGAAGAUCUGUUUUCAAUGUCAACACCUAUCUAACGGUCAUCUCACCACCAAGAAUCACUCUCAUACCUCCAAGGCAGGUUGUUCAUCCAGGAGAACAUGCCUACAUCAACUGCAGUGCCACAGGGGAGCAACCGAUACAAAUUUCCUGGUCGCCCAUCAACAGGCAAAUGCCAACUUCCGUCUAUACUCGAGAAGGAUAUAUCCGUUUCAAUAAUAUUCAACUACAAGAUACCGGUAGGUAUCUUUGUACAGCCAGGAACAGAGCUGGAAGUGCCGAAGCUGUAGCUGACGUUAUUGUAGAAGAAAACACAUCUAGACCGGCAAUUACAGCCGAACAGAAACAACAAUUCGCCCCGGCGGGAUCAAGUGUAACUUUGAGAUGUAAAACAUUGAAUCCGAGCGCUAGGAAUUCGGUGAGAUGGUUCAGAGAGAAUUUACCUCUACCACAAAACGCACGAGUCAGCGGAGAAAUUUUGCAGCUGAGCAGCGUUCAACAACGAGACGAAGGGCGGUAUUAUUGUGAAGUGUCGACCAGAGAAGGAACUUACAGCGAUUACGUCGACUUCCAAUUGAUAGCACAUAAGGAGUCAUGCGAAGACGGAUGGUGGCUUUGCAACAACCGAAACUGCAUUCCAGAAACACAACUGUGCGACAACAUUAAUGAUUGCGGUGAUACUAGCGAUGAAAUGGACUGUUCAACUAGGAUACGACGGGGCCCAGACAAUAGGAAUCCCUCCACACAAGAACCAACUCUGUAUAUCUCACCACCUGAAAUGGACCGAUAUGUAGGAGACAAUAUUGACGUUGUUUGCCAAUCGUCGGAAAGAGGUGCUAUAACGGUUUGGUCCAAACUUUCCGGCUAUUUGUCCGAUAAUGUGGAGAGUAUCGGAGGGAACUUGAGAAUAGUGAACUUGAGGCCUGAAAACGCUGGAGUUUACAGAUGUGAAGCAACUGGUCGGCAGGGAGUCCAUCACAAGGACUACACUCUCAAUGUUGUUGAUAACGUCAAGGAUGAACCACCUCUAGAAAUCAAAACCGCACCAAGAGGAUCAACUGUCGUUUUGGAAUGUAAUACAGACCUGGAAGAGCCUAUAACUUACCUAUGGAGUAAGCAAGGUGGAAGUCUGCCCUCUUCGGUUGAUAUUUACAGCAGAGAAAUUCAACUUAACGACGUUGGCAGUAGUGACGCAGGAACAUACACCUGUUCGGCAAGCGGAGGCAUGCGCAACAUAGACGUACCGAUCAUCCUAGUCGUCACAGGCAUCGUACCAUACCUAACGCAAGCACCCAACAGCUACAUCACACUUCCCACCUUGGAUGACUCCUACAUGCAAUUCAACUUCGAAAUCUCAUUCAAACCAGAGAACGGCAACGGCCUCAUCCUGUACAACGGUCAGAAAGGAAACGACAUCGUCGGAGACUUCAUAUCGUUAUCUCUGGUCAACUCCGUUCCAGAGUUCAGGUUCAACUUGGGACACAGCACAACUAUUUUGAGAGCGGAACGUCCUAUCACCAACGGCGAAUGGCAUACCGUGAAGAUAUCCAGAAACAGAAAGAAGGUAACCAUGUAUGUCGACGGAGAAGGACCUUUCAUUGCUGUAGCUGAAGGAAAAUACAUCGGACUCGAUUUGGUUGAGCACUUGUUUUUGGGAGGUGUGCCUAGUGUUACUAAUAUUUCGCCAGAAGUUUUCCUUUACUCUCCGUAUGUCGGAUUUGUAGACGCUUGUGGAGUAGGAAGAUGCAUCGACAACGAGAACGGUUUCGAAUGCCAAUGCCCUCUAGGACACGUAGGACGCAGAUGCGAAAGAAUGGUAACAAUUAACGAGCCAGCGUUUCAAAAUGACGCUUACAUCGCUUACCAAACCCCUAGACCCGCCAGGAGGUUGAAAAUCACCAUGAAAAUCAAACCGAACAAUUUGGAAGAUGGUAUUUUGCUUUACUGCGGUGAAACGGAAGAAGGCCAUGGCGAUUUCAUAAGUUUGGCUGUGCGCGACAGACAUUUGGAGUUCAGAUUCGACUCAGGAAACGGAGCAACAGUCAUAAGAUCCGAAGACGAUUUGCAACCUGGUCAAUGGCACAUUUUCACCGCCACCAGGUCACUCAGCGACGGCAGCCUAACGGUGGAUGGAAAAACUCCUGCGACAGGACGAUUGGCACGAAACUACAAGAGUCUCAACCUGCAAACACCUCUUUACGUCGGAGGUUACGAUAAGCAUCGCAUCAGAGUCAAUGAUGGCGUGAAAGUAUAUUCUGGAUUCAAUGGGUGCAUAUCUGACAUCAACAUAUCUGGAGUCGACAUCAACAUCAUCCAGAACGUAACAGAUUCUUCAAACGUUGAGGACUGUAACGAUUCCUCAGACGUCGACAAUAACAUAUACCCGCCUGAUAACGGAAACGACGAAAGAACUGCCAGACCCUUCGAUAGUAGACAAAUCAGUUGUUCCAACAACACUUGCCUGAAUGGCGGUCAAUGUUACCCCAUGUCGCCGACCGACUACCAAUGCUCUUGUCCAGCUGCAUUCAGCGGCAAAAACUGCGAGGUCGCCAAACACAAGUGCGACAGCCAACCUUGCCAGAAUCAAGGAAUUUGCCACGGAAAUGGCUCACAUUAUAGAUGUGACUGUCCAUUAGGAUUCUCCGGAUACGAUUGUGAACAAGGCACUGAAUUACGCAGUGAUGUUCACUUCGACGGCAAUGGAUUUUUGGAAUUCAGUAAAGCAUUGUUACCACAUCAGGGAGAGGAACAAGAAAUCAUUGCCCUGGAGUUGUCAACUAACCAGUCCAGCGGUCUCAUUUUUUGGCAAGGACAACAACCAAACGAAGACGGGCAGGGACGUGAUUAUAUUGCUCUAGCAAUCGAAAACGGUUAUCUGGAAUUCAGUUUCGACCUCGGCAUGGGCCCCGCCAUAAUCCAGAACCACAAGAUACGCGUCGACGACGGUGAGAGGCACACCGUCAUCCUGAAACGGGACGGCAGAAAAGGAUCCAUCUACGUGGACAACACUUGGUUGGAGGAAGGUGAAGCGGAAGGAUUCACUACCCUAAUGAACUGCGACGGCAACAUAUACUUGGGAGGAACUCCCAACAUUGCAAGGAUGACGGGCAGCAGAUUCAGCCGAGGAUUCAGCGGAUGCGUCCACAGUUUCGAAUUGCAGGACGGCCAAAGAUUAGAUUUAGGAAUCAAGUCAAUAAACGGUUUGAAUGUCAAACCUUGCUCGAGCUCGGAGUUUGAUAACUCCAUACCGAUCAGAGGAGAUCUUAAUUAUUAGAGAAUGAAAACUAGUUCUGAAUAAAUGCAGUCACUGUCAGUCAAUCUUGAUAUUGUAUAAAAUUUUCAUCCAUUAGUGUUCACUUAAUUUGUGUUCAUUUUUUUUCAAAUCACAGGUGAAAGAACAGCGCAUACUGUUGAUGACACAAGUAUGUUGCAAUCCUGUGACUCAACAUUGGCUGUAUUUCAUAUUAUCUGCUUCUUAUGUUAAUGUUAUGAGCUUUAAUCUGCCUGAUGAAAUACAGCUUGGUGUAAUUUUGUAUUACUUCCGAACUGCCAUUUUUUUCUGGUCGUGUACUUUUUAUACUAUUUUUUGUAUGUUUUCAUAUUGUAUAAUACUUGUUAAAUUUCGUGCCAUUUGUUAGUAGACUCAAAAAAUGGUCCAAAAUGUAUUUAUCCAAUAGUUCUUGGUGCUAAUAUAUUCUAAAUAGGUUCUUUUUGCUUCCUCAUGUUUUACGUUAAGUGGUUCACAUUAUUUUUUCUCUUCGGUACUUAUGAAUAUCCAUAUUUCACAAAGAAAAAAAUGUAUACAAUGUGAUUUUGAGAAACGAAACUGAAACGUAUCAGCAAUGGUGAUUAACAAUACAUACAUAGGUAUAGAUAGGCUAUUAAACUAUUUUAUAAUUGCUUACGUUCAUCUAGAAUUAACACCUACAAAUAUCACAAUAUUGUUCCAAAGAUGUCUUCAUUUCGAAAUUUGUACUGAAAACGGCAUUUCUGGGUACUAUUCAUUCUGCAGUACUCAAAAUAUGAUGAAUGCCUCAUGACUCUGAUGUUGUUAAUAAUGUUAUGUUGAAGUGCAUUUUCAAAAACUCAAGACAAUAAAUAUAUGAAUGUAAA